AUAAAAUAAAAUCUUCAUUUACAACUCAACUUUCUCCCCUCCUCUCCCUCUACAGGGUUGCAUUUUCCCCUUAAAAAUUGAAUUUUUACGUUAGGGUUUCGAAAUCCCAGUUAGAAAACACGAACUGAUCGCCAAUUAUCGAGCUUAGCAAUUGUAUCUACCUCCAUCUCCACGGGGUUCGCUCCGAUUCCGAGCCCAGAAACUGUGAUAAGCUCUCAUCUCAUGCACAGUCAGUAAUUAUUGAAGGAGACUGAUGUGCUGAAUUAUGGCACUUAAAGAUCCAGCUCAUAAAGCUGCUGCGAUUGCAAUUGGAUCCAUCGGGCGUGGUUAUGAUAUAUCCGCUGAUCUAAGACUCAAGUAUUGUAAAGGAGAUUCCAUAGAUUCACGUUUGAUUGAAAUAGAUGAACAUGAUGUAAGAGAUUUGGUUUUACCUGGUGGAGUUUCAAUAUCAAAUGUUUCCAAAUCAAUAAAAUGUGACAAAGGGGAACGUACUAGGUUCAGGUCUGACGUUCUGUCUUUUCAACAGAUGUCAGAGCAGUUCAAUCAGGAGUUAUCUUUGACUGGAAAAAUUCCCUCAGGGCUUUUCAAUUCAAUGUUUGAAUUUUCUGGUAGCUGGCAGAAAGAUGCAGCCAAUACCAAAGCCCUCGCUUUUGAUGGGGUGUUAAUUACACUUUACACUGUUGCAUUAGAGAAGUCUCAGAUGGUACUCUGCGACCAUGUCAAAAAAGCUGUACCAGCAUCAUGGGACCCACCCGCAUUAUCAAGGUUCAUUGAGACCUUUGGCACCCAUAUUAUUGUCGGUAUGAAGAUGGGGGGAAAGGAUGUAAUAUAUUUGAAGCAGCAACACUCAUCAGCUCUCCAACCUGCUGACGUUCAGAAAAGAUUGAAAGAGAUGGCAGAUAGGAGGUUUAUGGAUGCCAAUGGCCAAUACAGUGUUGCUUCUGAUCAAGUUUUCCCUAAUGAUAAGUUUGGAGUCAGGGAGCAGAGGCUAACAUUUGCUAAUAUUAGUCCAUCAAGUUCUUAUUCACAUAAGGAGGAUAUUGUAAGCAUUUACAAGAGGAGGGGCGGAAGUGAUGACAGGAAUCUGUCCCAUCAUGAGUGGUUGCAGACUGUUCAGGUGGAGCCUGAUGUGAUCUCAAUGUCCUUCAUUCCAAUUACAUCUCUAUUGAAUGGAGUGCCAGGGAGUGGAUUCUUGAGCCAUGCCAUAAACCUUUAUUUACGAUAUAAACCACCAAUUGAAGAGCUCCACCAAUUCUUGGAAUUUCAGCUGCCAAGGCAGUGGGCACCUGUAUUCAGUGAACUUCCUCUUGGUCCACAAUGGAAGCAGCGGAGCUCUGCAUCUUUACAGUUUAGCUUCAUGGGGCCAAAGCUCUAUGUGAACACCACUCUGGUUGAUGUAGGCAAGAGGCCAGUGACCGGUCUCCGUCUCUAUCUUGAAGGUAAGAAAAGCAAUCGAUUGGCCAUCCAUUUGCAGCAUCUUUCAUCUCUUCCAAAAAUCUUCCAGCUUGUUGAUGAUCCAAAUGAAAACUUCCGGCGGAAGUCCUAUGAUAGGAGGUUCUAUGAGAAGGUUCAAUGGAAGAAUUUCUCUCAUGUCUGCACUGCUCCUGUAGAAUCUGAUGAGGAUCUUUCAAUAGUAACUGGGGCACAAUUGCAAGUUGAGAAUUAUGGCAUAAAAAAUAUACUCUUCUUAAGACUUCGAUUCUCAAGUGUAUUGGGAGCUAAAGAGGUAAAACAUCCUGAGUGGGAUGGAUCUCCUGGGUUGGGAGCCAAGUCAGGACUCAUAUCCACUCUAAUCAGCCAACACUUCACAGCAACAUUUCAGAAGCCGCCUCCACGUGCUGCAGAUGUUAAUAUAAACUCUGCUGUCUAUCCGGGCGGACCUCCGGUUCCGGUCCAAGCUCCCAAGCUUCUCAAAUUUGUUGACACAACUGAGAUGUCCAGAGGACCGCAGGAGAAUCCUGGCUAUUGGGUUGUCUCCGGAGCUAGACUUGUUGUUGAGAAGGGAAGAGUUUCUCUACGGGUUAAGUAUUCUUUGUUGACUAUGGUAUUACCAGAUGAAGAGAUGUUGGACUUGGAUGAUCAGUAGCUUACUUAUACUACUCUUUUUAGGUCUUGCCUUCAGCAGAACUUAGUGUUCAUUUUUAAGAAGUGGAAGGUUGGGAGAGAAGAGGGGCAGGAAGUUAUCAUCAAGAACAUUGGUUUUAGUUUUGCCAAUCAAUUGUGUAGGCCUUCUUAUAGUGUAUGCACAUAUGAAGUCCACGAAGAGAUAGAGAAAGGGAGAUUUGUUUGAUGAGACUGAUCUGUAGGGAUAAGUGCAAGUUAUUUACGAGUGAAACUCCUAAUGGAGUUCUACUUUCAAUGUACACGUAUACAUGCCUAGCACAAUAACUUUCUGAUAAUUAGUGUUAGAAAUCAUUUCCACAGGCCUCUGGCGAAUUACCAUACGUUUAAAAGCUAUGUCAUAUUUAUUGGUAUUCUCA